AUGGGGAGUCCGUGCUGUGAGAACAUGGACUGCACUGCACACUCACCUCUCUACAUCAGUCACCCCUACACUGACCCCAGGACGGAACGGCUGGACAAGACGGAUGACAUCCAACUGCCCUACAGUUUAUUGGGGCUCCCAGAGCGCGGCUGGCCAGGGGUCUACCUUCCCUGCUACAACAGAUUAGAUCUAGAGGAGAACCCCUGGGUGCCGAGGAUGACAGAGGCCCCCGCUUCUGCUGCUCCUUCCUCCAGGACUCCAGAGCCAAGUUUGCCUUCAACCAACCCAGACCAGGAUCCUCCCCCUGAGACAGAGGAGUGCUGUCUGGAGCAAGUCCACACCAUGGUGGUGGGAGAGGUGCUAAAAGAUAUCGACACAGCCUGCAAGCUGCUCAACAUUACGCCAGACCCCUUGGACUGGAGCUGUGUGCAUGUUCAGAAGUGGCUGCUCUGGACCGAGCACCUGUACAGGCUGCCACAGGUCAGCACCAUGUUUAAGGAGCUGAUGGGGAGAGAUCUGUGCUCCAUGACAGAGGCAGACUUCAGGCAACACUCCUCACAGUUUGGGGACAUUCUGUAUGCUCAUCUGGACAUAUGGAAAUCUGCUGCAGCAAUGAAGGAACGGUGCCCACCAGAUGACAGCAAGUCUGCAGCUGAUGAUGACUCCUGGUCAGAUGUGAUGUGUAACUGCCCCAGUCAGCCCAUUCACCUGUGGCAGUUCCUCCGAGAGUUGCUCCUCAAGCCGCAUAACUACAGCCGUUGCAUCCGCUGGGUCAACAAAGAGAAAGGAAUUUUCAAAAUAGAAGACUCAGCUCAUGUGGCUAGGUUGUGGGGCAUCAGGAAGAACCGGCCAGCUAUGAAUUAUGACAAAUUGAGUCGCUCUAUACGCCAGUACUACAAGAAGGGCAUCAUUCGAAAGCCUGAUGUGUCCCGCAGGCUGGUCUACCAGUUCGUCAAGCCUGUAUGGUGAAAAGGGUCAUGGGAAAAUGAGCCAAGGAGAAGCCAAUGUUAUGCUGGUCAUACAUUGGGAGUAACCUAAACUCUGAAGCUCAUUUCUUGCAUUUGAUGUUUCAUUUCAAUUGUAAAGACUG